AUGCUCGGCCCGCUGCAGACCGGUUCGCCCUGGGGCCUCCCGAGCCCCGGCGUCGGCCACCACCAGCACCACCAAUCGCCCUUCGCCGCUGACCAGCUCGGGUACGAUGGCGGCGCCGAUGCGUUCUACGCCGACGACUACGACGUCUGGUCCCCUGCGGGCGGCGCCGGCGCCCACCGCCGGAGCUUCUCGCUCAGCGACGCCGAGGCGGCCGCGUCAUGGAGGCCCUACAUGUACUAUGCGCGCGGGUACUGCAAGAACGGCUCCUCCUGCCGCUUCCUCCACGGUGUGCCCAAGGACGACGCCGCGGAGCGGGAGAUGGACGUCAUGCGCGCCAAGGCCCUAGCCGCCGCACCGCAGGCGCAGUUCAUGACGUCCGCAUACCCCUUCUCGCCGUCGCACAAAGGAGGCGUCAGCCUCAACUUCCUACUCCAGCAACAUCAGCAGUAG